UGAUUAGGCAAAAUUUUUAAAUCUAAGUAAAGAAGAGACUACAAAACGUUGCGUUUAAAAUAUUUGUUCAUUGAACAGAACUUUUUUUGGUUUUUGAAAAUUACUUUUAAUAUUUUUUUAAAUAAUAGUUAUUAAUGUACUAUGGAUUGUAUUAUUAACAAAAGAAACUGGAUCCCUGGUAACUUCAAGAAUGUUCCAGAAACUGGAAAUCCAGGUCAAUUUGAUAUUAUUCAACAUGGAUGGACUCCAGUGACUACUUCAACAUCAGUGCUUGGCAUUCAAUUUGACUCUGGGGUGGCUGUGGCAGCAGAUGUAUUGACUUCUUAUGGAUCAAUGGCUUGCUUUCAAAAUAAUCCGAGAAUAUUAACAGUUAAUAGGAAUAUUCUGUUAGCUGCAGCUGGUGAAUAUUCUGAUUUUCAGUAUAUUCGUGAUCUAAUUGAACAGAAAAAUAGUGCUGAAGAAUGUUUAAAUGAUAGCAUAUUAAUGAAACCAAAAUCAUUAUAUACAUGGCUUUCUCGAGUGUUAUAUAACAGAAGAACCAAAAUGAAGCCAUUAUGGUCCACAUUUUUAGUAGCGGGUAUACAAGAAAAUGAGCCAUUCUUAGGUGAAAUUGACAAAUUAGGUACAGCAUUUUCUGAUGAACAAAUUGCAAGUGGAUAUGGUGCUUAUAUUGCAUUACCUUUGCUUCGACAAGCUAUUGAUGAAAAACGCCUAAAAUCCAACUCAAAACUCAGUAAAGAAGAAGCUGUAGAGUUAUUAAAAAAAUGUAUGGAAGUUUUAUAUUACAGAGAUGCGAGAAGUCAUGAUAAAUAUCAAAUUGGAAUAAUAACAAAUAAUUCUGUUGAAAUACAUGAUCAUGUAUUAUCACCCAGAUGGGAAGUUGCAAAACUGGUACAAGGAUAUGAGUGAAGUUUCAUAUUACAGUAUAAACUUCAGCUAUUUAAUAUUUACCUUAAUUAUAAUAGAAAUUGUUAUCAUUAUCACUUUUUUUAUAUAUAUAUAAAUUUUCAAUUAAUUAAACUUACAAUAAACUUAUAUUCUGUAUUAAUAAAAUAAUAAUUUACUUUCAAA